AUGAAACCUCCCAAAUCAUUUCUGUUUCUCCAGGAAAGAAUCCAGGCCCAUUUGAAGACUCUGAGGGAAGAGAGAGAAAAGCUGCUGGGAUUGAAAGCGACUGGAGAGGGGAAGAGCCGGGAGUAUCUGAAACAAACACAAACCGAGAGGCAGAAGAUUGUGACUGAAUUUCAGCAACUGCAGCAGUUCCUGGAGGAACACGAGCGACUUCUGCUGGCCCAGCUGGAGAAGCUGGACAAGGAGAUUGUGAGGAUUCAGAAUGAAAAUGUCAGUAAACUCUCCGAGCAGAUUUCCCAUCUCAGUGAGCUGAUCAGUGAGCUGGAGGGGAAGUGUCAGAAGCCAGCGAGUGAAUUCCUGCAGGAUGUCAGAAGCACCUUGAGCAGGUGUGAGAAGAGGAAGUUUGAGCAGCCAGAGGAGAUUUCUCCUGAACUGGAAGAGCAAGUCAGCGAUUUCUCCCAGAAAACUAUUGUGCUAUCGGAGACUCUGAGGAAGGUCAAAGACACUCUGCUGUCUGAAUUGGAGAGAAAAAGGGGAGAAUCAUUUGGAGCACACAGACAGGUGAAUGUGACUCUGGAUCCAGACACGGCUCAUCCCUGGCUUGUCCUGUCUGAGGAUCAGAAAAGUGUGAGACGGGGAGACACACAGCAGCGACUGCCCAACUACCCUGAGAGAUUUGACUGUUGGGCCUGUGUGCUGGGCUGUGAGGGAUUCUCCUCAGGGAGACAUUGCUGGGAGGUGGAGAUGGGUGAUGGGGACCUCUGGGCUGUGGGGGUGGCCAAAGAGUCUGUGAGGAGGAAGGGAGAGAUCAGCCCUAGCCCUGAGGGGGGGAUCUGGGCUGUGCAGUGGUGCUGGUGGGGUCAGUUCCAGGCUCUCACCUCCCCUGUGACCCCCCUGCCCCUGAGCCGGGUCCCCAGUAGGAUCCGGGUUUGUCUGGACUGUGACCGGGGGCAGGUGACAUUUAUCGAUGCUGGUGAUGGGGCCCCGAUCUUCACUUUCCCGCCGGGCUCCGUCCCUGGGGAGAGAAUCCGACCCUGGCUCCGGGUGGGGGUGGGAUCCCAGCUCAGCCUGUGUCCCUGA